AUGUCUAAACAUCCACUACAGGUUUACACAUUGAGGACAUUGACUUUCAAGUUUUCCAUAGCACUGGAUGACUCUGGAACGGAGAGUUUCCUCAGGGAUCCUGACACUUCUCUUUGUGACUCCACUCAAGCAGAGGACAAAGAUGAAAGUAUCCGUUCCUCUCAGACAUUCGGCUCGUCCUCUUCUCUGUCUGAAGAAAAGACUCAUCCCGCUGAUGACAAAUCACCUCUUAGACCCAAGAGUCCUGCAGGGGGCCGCUUUGACCACCAUGACUUUUUAGAGAAAUAUGUUGGCAUUGUGACACUGCCAAACCAAGUCCAACAGAAAGCAGUGAAAAGGGGAUUUGUGUUCAAUCUGAUGGUUGUUGGUGAGUCUGGCUUAGGCAAAUCCACUCUUGUCAACAGCCUUUUCCUCACAAACCUCUAUAUAGACAGAUGCAUGCCUGAUGUUUCAGAGAAGAUAGCUCGGACAGUAUCAAUAACAAAGAACACUGUAGACAUUGUUGAAGAUGGAGUAAAUCUAAGACUCACUGUUAUUGACACCCCUGGUUUUGGAGAUGCCCUUAAUAAUCAUGAAAGCUGGAAGGCCGCAGUUUAUUAUGUAGACCAGGAGAUGGAGAAGUACCGCAGAAAUGAGAUCGGGCUGAACCGUAAAAACAUAACAGACAACAGAGUGCACUGCUGUCUGUACUUCAUUUCGCCUCAUGGCCAUGGUCUCAAACCAAUUGAUGUGAACUUUAUGAAGGCCCUGGAUCAGAAGGUCAACAUUGUGCCUGUGCUGGCUAAAGCAGACAGCCUCACUCCAAAAGAGACCCACAAUAUGAAGUCAAAGAUUUUGACUGAAAUUGACAAAUUCAAAAUCAAGAUCUUCCAGGUCCCAGAUAGUGACCCAGAUAAUAAAGAUCUCUUCAAGCAGCAGACUGAAGAGAUAAAGAGAAGUAUACCCUUUGCUGUUAUUGGGAGUAAUGCAGUAGCAGAGAGAAACGGCAGGAGAGUUCGAGCCCGUGUCUAUCCAUGGGGUAUUGUAGAAACUGAGAAUCCAUCUCACAGUGAUUUUGUGCAUCUGAGGAACAUGUUGAUCCGCACACACAUGCAGGACUUGAUACAUACAACCCACUAUCUGUUGUAUGAGAACUAUCGUAUAAAUUGCCUGUGCAGGAACCCAUUAUUGGUAUAA